AUGAGUGAUGAUGAUGAACCUCGUGUUGUACAAGAUCAACCAUAUGAUGAAUCAAUGGAUGUUGUCGAUGGAGAAGAAGUGCCUAGUGUAUAUACACCACUGCCAACUAAUCGAAGACCUCCAGCACCAGAUUCUAAUGUAGCUACUGGUGGAACAAAAUUUUCUCGUGAACGACCAAUUCAUCAUCAACGAGAUGAUAGUCCCGGUGUUAGUCCUCAUGAUGAUGAUACACAAGGUGAAUCGGAUUCUGAUCCUCCAUCAUCACAAAUAUUAAAUGGUACUGCUGGUCAAAAAGAAUAUAAAGCACCUGAUCCAAAUGCAUAUGAUCCAUCAAUGUAUCGAGAUCUACCAGUAUCAUUAGAAAUAAAAGAUUUAUUUAAAUGUAUCGAAAAAUUUCAACCACAAGAUAUUGUACUUGAAACAAAAUUAAAACCAUUUAUUCCAGAAUAUGUACCAGCUAUUGGUGAUAUUGAUGCUUUUCUUAAAGUACCUCGACCUGAUGGAAAAGAAGAUUCCCUUGGUUUUAUUGUACUGGAUGAACCAUCAUCAAAACAAAGUGAUCCACAUGUACUAAAUCUUCAAUUACGUUAUACAUCUAAACAACCUAUAACAACAAGUUUGGCAAAUGCAGUUAGAAGUGUACAAAAUGCUGACAAAAAUCCAAAAGCAAUUGAAGAAUGGGUACGUAAUAUUAGUAAAUUACAAAAGGCUAAAACAGUUGAUACUAUUCAAUAUCGGAAACCUAUGCCAGAUAUUGAUAGUUUAAUGCAAGAAUGGCCAGCACAAUUUGAAGAACUUCUUAAAGAGACAUCUGUACCACCUGCUGAAGCUGAUGUAGAUUUAGCUACAUAUGCUGAUAUUGCAUGUUCACUUCUGGAUAUUCCAGUAUAUGAAUCACGUGUUCAAUCAUUACAUGCUUUGUUUACACUUUAUCUUGGAUUUAAAAAUUCUGAACAUUUUAAAGCAAUGAUGAAUGUAUCUGAAACACCGAUUCGUCGUGGAGGAAAUAAUAAUGAAGCCGAUCAGAUGAUUAUUGAUUAA